CCAUCAGCCAGCGCGGUGUUUGGACUUCACUGGUGUCGUGGCGCUUUGGGAGAAGUUAGUGUUCUGCCGGACUUUGGUGCUGAAGACGCGGUCCGGUGAUUCCUUCGCCCCUUCCUUCCUACCCUCUUCCCGCCUUUUCCUGCCCUUCUCUGGCAGGAUGAGGCGUGCAGGCCUGGGUGAAGGAGUACCUCCUGGAAAUUAUGGGAACUAUGGCUAUGCUAAUAGUGGAUAUAGUGCCUGUGAAGAAGAAAAUGAGAGACUCACUGAAAGUCUGAGAAGCAAAGUAACUGCUAUAAAAUCUCUUUCCAUAGAAAUAGGCCAUGAAGUUAAAAAUCAAAAUAAAUUAUUAGCUGAAAUGGAUUCAGAGUUUGAUUCUACAACUGGAUUUCUAGGUAAAACUAUGGGGAAACUGAAGAUUUUAUCCAGAGGGAGCCAAACUAAGCUGCUGUGCUAUAUGAUGCUGUUUUCACUCUUUGUCUUUUUUGUCAUUUAUUGGAUUAUUAAACUCAGGUGAUAGACGUAAGUGUGAGUUUGGAAUUUGUUCCAACUUAAUGGCUUAAUGGAGUAGCGCUUUGGUAAAAAUCAGCAUCAAGACAUUUCAAAUUUUCAAAUAUUACGACUUUUCCCAUGGACGGUUACUGAGUUCAGGGUUCCCCACUUGUUUCAUAAAUCACAUUAGAUAAUACAGUGUUCUUUGAAUACCAUUUCUUAAUGACUCAUUUUUGCCCCUAUUUUCAGGGGUGUCGAGAUGGCCUGUAGCUGGUUUGACCCUAAUAGUUUUUUUUCUAUUCUUUGUCUAACUGUCACAUUAAAUAGCAAUGUAAUAUUAUGUUGUUACCAUAAAUGUAGGCUUGGGUUCCAUGUACAGAAUAUAGUGGGACAGUAACAGAAUGUCUGGAGAACCUGAUGCUGAGCUCCGAAGAUGGUGAACAAAUUGGUGAUAGCGUGGUCAAUAUAUUUCCCUGAAGUAUCACCAGCUGUGAUGGUGUACUCCCCUUUCCUCCUUUAUUUAGUUAAAAUUGUAGGUGGAUGUCUUCUUACCUACAACCCUUAUUAUAAUUUUGAUGAUGUAGCUCCACUUCCCUUAUUGCCCAAGGAGCUCAUUCUUUAAUAAAGCUUGUUAUUGUGGCAUUAUUUCUAGUAAGACUCAAUACAAAUGUGUCCCAGUAUAGGUAUUGUUUUAUAUUAACUUUAUAAAUUCCAGUGACUUGAUUUAUAAUAGUUUUAUGACUUUAGCUAUUAGGUGGCCUAUUUGGUUAUCAUUUGCAACAAAAUAAUGUGAAGCUAAGCAAUUGCUAAUCUCUGAAUGGAAAUAAAGUAUUCAGAAUAAUUAAUUGUUUCUGCUUUAUUAUAUGCUCAAAAUAUGUAGUGAAAAUACCCAGGCACAGAUCUUGGAGUUAAGAGCAUUGUUGCUUUAAGCCACUGUAUUUGUUUAUGGAAAACAAAACACACAGGUGGUUUGUGGAGUAGAAAGAAAUGUUAAAAUAUUGCUAGAUACUCUGUAUUGCUACUAUUUUGGAAGUUAUCCAUUUAUAAGCUCCAAAAAUAAAAUUUUUAAUGAAAUAGA